AUGGCCGACAGUAACGUCCUUCUCGUGCCAAUUCAGCUUCAAGCAUUCUCUCUCAAUCCGGCUGUGUGUGGCACUGGAGAUGAUGAUGACAAGGGAGCUCGUAUUAUCCCCAUCACACAGCCCAACUAUACCUUCCUACGGCUAGACAACUUCGUUGUGCAGAGCGACGUUCUAAACCACGCCGACCUUCACAAUGCGGCCCCUGCCAGCCGUAACUCGCGCAUGACGGACUUGGGGUCGAGGGCAUUCGCCCCUCGCCGGAAUCGCCACGGCAUUUACCUUCACUGGAUUCUUCCUCAGCUGUAUCGAUCCGGCGUGGCAGCAACGGAUUCAGUCACUCCGGAGCGUCUCAGCGACGAGCGCCUCAGGCGGGGAUUACCCGAUCGCGAUGUCAAAGUCGACCCCAAGGCCGGAGAGGCGUCGACUCCCGAAUUCCUCGGUCCGCCGACCCGAUGGAUAGUGGUUCGAAAGCUCGACAUGGACAGCAUCAACCCCGCAGCGAAGUCGCAGUUCAAGGAGUACCAGGCCUGGGUCAUCGAAAGCGACUACCUCUGGGCGCUGGAUGACAUUCCGCUCAGCUACGACCUCGAGGUGGACGUCUCGCCGUAUGUUGUGGGUGUCGCAGGCCCAGGGGACGAAAACACCAUCGCUCAGCAAGCUGAGGUUUUCAUCGGCAGGAAGACGCCGCUCGAGGAGUGGUCUCCGCCGACGGAUGCUCAGUAUGCGGAUAUCAACGUUCUCCGCAGCGGUAACCAGCUCUUUACCGACUUUCAGCUGCACAACACCAACGUCUUCAGCACCCUGGACAACUUUGAGUACAAAGGUCCUAACCAAGAGACCUGCUACCUCGAUGCGGCCACCGCAAGCUACUACCUCUUUGGCUGGCAUUCGGACUCCUCUAGCGAUCCGCUAUGGGAUACCAAGGAGCGCUACACUCACGAGCAACGUUUGGAUGCACUGUUUAUGACUCUUGCCGACACUGGCGACCCGGAUGUGACCGGGCCCUGGCUCAAGUCAACAGAUCCUGUCAGACUCUGCUUACAUGGCGCAAUGUACGACGUCAAAUGGGACCACGAGAACAAGCCAGCGUCUGUCCCGGCAGAUGACUUUUCUCAAGGCGUACUUGAUCAAAAGGUUCCCGCCCUCUCAGUAGGCACGAGUCCUCUGGAUGCGUUGAUGACUUACUGCUCAGCGAGAGAAGGUUCAGAAAAGGGGGUUGUGAAGAGGCUGGAGGAAGAUCUCUUGGCCAUAGAGUCCCUGCUGCAUGCUCGUGAUGACGGCGUCGAGGGCCAGCGCGAGGCCAAGGACACGGUCUACAACUGGAAUUUUUCUCGCUUCAAAGGCGGAGCACGCUUCUUCUUUGGCGGUCAAGACAACAAAGGACAGCCAACCAAGCCGACUGACGCGUCCAUCAUUGCUCUCAAGGAACUCAACCAGAUACAGCGCAUCCUGGAUGCCUGCAGCCGCCUGGCUGAUCAAUGGCGCUGGGAUAUGUUCUCGACUUGGUGGAAAUUCGUCAGCACCGUCUCCAACAAAGAGGAUGGAGACGACAAGACCAAGUCUGAUGCUGACGCCAUCGCACGACGCUUACAAGAUCUCACCAAGUGUAUAGCUGACCUGGAAGACCAGCUUAAGACGACACUUUCGAGCGCCGACGACGUACUGACCGACGCUAAAACAGGGACUUUGGACUUCUACUACAGCGCCAAAGACCCGACGCUGCUGGUUGGGGGCGUCGAUUCGGGAUGGCCAGCUGACUUUUCCAAAAAUGUACCAGUCAGGCUUCCCGUGCAGACCAUACCUCUAUCAUCACCAUCAAGUCUCCCGCCUGCUCUGUCCAGUCUGAUCUCGGCCAUCCAAGCCGUGCUCCCCGUAACUGCGGCUAGCCAACUCCUCGCAGAAUUCUACGCCUUGCAACCUUCCCAGCAACCCCCAGACGCACCUACACAAGGCCAUGCGUGUCCUCAUUUCCAUGAGAAGGGCACCAAGGAGAAGCCAUCGCGGGACAAUUGGGGUGACCAGCAGCCAUGGUUCCCACUCUACGUGGAAUGGGAGGUCGAGUACACCCAUGUUCCUUAUGAAUUCUGGGUUCUAGACGAACAGACUGCGCGUCUUUCGGCCAACAAGAUGGUGCGUUACGGCGUUGAUAUAUCGGACGGACCCUUAUGGCAAAAGCUCCGGGACCCCCAUGACACUCGCAUCCUCUCUGGAAGAGUGCUCAUCCUCCCACAUCCAAGCUUCUCACUCAAGAGCAAAGUGACGCAGCUCAUCUCAGAUACUCCGCCACAGAUCCUGGACCAGUACCUCAAGGAGUGCGGUCUCGCCCAGGCUGACCUCCAGGAGCUGGUGGACAACAUCGGCUCUCUGUCCUACCUUUCUUGUCCACUAUCCGGGCUCACCCAGGGGCUCCUCACUCUCAACAUGGGCACGCACGUCAAGCCCGAGAAUAAACAGUUGACUGAUCAAGGCGAGACUACCGUCGCAGUCAAAGCGGCCGAGUUUGACGCCGCUGGUCUGACCAAAGAACGUAUCGAGCUCAUCAUGGGCAAUUCGAGCGUCACCCCGUUCGCAGCCAUGACCAAUUUUGGCAACGCUGCAUUCUGCCCUUUCAAGCCCGUCACACAUGGACAGAUGGCAUUUAGAAAGCUCAACAUCAUAGACAAGUUUGGCCAAGCCAUCGUAGCCAUCGACCCGCAGCCGCAGCCGCAAAAUGAGCCGCCGCCGCCUCUCUUUCCUAGCAUCAGCGACUUUUACGAGCCGCAGACAGUCCUCCAAGACGGCACCCUCGUUGCCAAUGCUGUUCAGCCCCAGAACGGCUCGGCCUGUGAGUUUAUCCAGCUGCCACCGCAGAUCAAUCAACCUGCACGACUCAACGCCGACUUCAUUAUGCCGGCUAGGUCGAUAGACGAUGGUGCCUCGAGACAGUCAUCAUACUGGCGCUCUGCCACGGAAUGGGAGAACCCCAUAUGGGGCUGGAUAGUAGUCAACUAUGCUGACUACGGCAUCCAGCUGUUUCUGCAGGACGGCACGUUUUACGGAGAGGUGCGGAUUGGAGGGCCUGGGGACGCCCUCGAGGAGCCUAAGUGGUCGCCCUUUGAGCCAGACCAGACAAUCUCCACGGCGGAUGCCCAGCGAUUGGAUGCCUUUAUCUUGCGGCUCAAGAACAAGGACUAUCUUGAGGGGGUCUGGGUCAUGCUCACAACUGCUCUUGACAACUUGCCCCCCGCGCCGGACGCCUACGCCCAGUUUCUCAGCUGCACCAUCGGGAAGCCUCUUGCGCUAGUAAAUAUGGGCUGGUCGUUGGAGCUGGCAGGGCCGCCCCUAAGUAACCAAAGCACCCGCACCGGAGAGCGCUCGUUGUAUCCGGAGAGAGAUCUCGUGGACGAUGAAGAUUUGAACGGCGAGCACUCGUACGUCUUCCACGUCAAGCUCGGCGACAAAGAGCGAGAAUACGACGGACUCGUAGGCUACUUCGACGGCUACUCGGAGCCCGAGAGGAACGAAGAGCUGGAUUACGACAUUAUUAGCACGUAUUUUACAGGAGAGAACGUCAACAAUCCGUUUGAUAACCUCCGGGUCUUGACCAAAGACACAUAUCCCACCUUUAAGCCCUACUGGCUCUCACCCAUCAGUCCCAGCGAUCAAAGCAAAAUCAUGGAUGUGGAUGUCUUCACGGACCUGCACAAUGCGAAACUGCGUCCGUUUGGUGCUAUUGUCGACCCCUUUACGGCAGUGCACGGCUACUCUUCUUUUCUGCCGGCCAAGGCGCUCCAGCUACCCACUUGGACGUGGCAGUCGGCCAUGGAGAGUCUCAUAGCAUUUUUCCACUGGGGACCCAUGACGCUCACAAGCGACGUAGGGUCGUACUCUGCCGAUGACCAGCUGACCAUCGCAAAGGCAAAGAUGCGCCCUGCGCGGAAUGUGUCGAUACCAGGGCUGGGGGCGGGCGAUGAGUGGAACUGGCUGCAGCCGUACGACGAGGGUGGACAGGGCCAGCCAUCAUUUAACGCGAUGGGUAUAGAGAAGCGGGGGAAUCUCGCUGCUCCGGGAUUCCAAAAGGCCCCGUACACUGCGACUGAAGGCUUUUUGCAAUUGAGAAGGCCGGCCAUGCAGGGUACGGGAGAUGGCGCAAAGAUAUGA